AUGACCUCACGAGCAUCGGCGAACUCCCGCUUGAAUCUUUUCUCCAAGCACCUCGACUCCAAGCCAUUCCUCGAGCUUAACACACCUUUCUCCACGGAACGCAGCGGAACUCUAGAAGACGCACAAGGCAAUCGCAUCCAGCGCAACAAGCCUCAGGAACUCAAGAAAGUCGAACCACAACAACCAAAGAAGGAAGAAUCACCCAAGAUGGCAUCCUCUCAGGCUCCUCACCCGGCUUUGAUGAUCCCUGGCCCCAUCGAGUUUGACGAUGAGGUCCUCAAGUCUAUGAGCUUCUACAGUGAAUCGCAUGUUGGCCAGCCGUUCGUCAACUGCUUCAGUGAAGUCCUCCAGAACCUCCGUAAGCUCUUCCAGACCACCAACCCCGCAUCGCAACCUUUCGUCAUCUCCGGCUCCGGCACACUCGGGUGGGAUCAGGUCGCUGCCAACCUGGCUGAGCCUGGUGAUGAUGUUCUCGUCCUCCACACUGGAUACUUCGCCGACUCGUUCGCCGACUGCUUCGAGACAUACGGCGCCAAGGUCACACAGCUGAAGGCACCCAUUGGUGAACGACCGCAGCUGGACGAGAUAGAGAAGGCCCUCAAGGAGAAGAAGUACAAGAUCCUCACAGUCACACACGUUGACACAUCCACCGGUGUGCUUAGCGAGCUCAAGGCAUUGAGCGACCUCAUUGAGAAAGUCAGCCCCGAGACACUGCUGGUUGUCGAUGGUGUAUGCAGUGUCGGUAGCGAGGAGAUCCGCUUCGAUGACUGGAAGCUUGAUGUUGUGCUCACAGCAUCACAGAAGGCCAUCGGGUGUCCUGCCGGUCUCAGCAUCCUGAUGGCUUCUGGCAAAGCGAUUGAGGUCUUCAAGAACAGGAAGACAAGACCCACAUCUUACUUUGGAUCAUGGAAGAACUGGCUGCCAAUCAUGCAGAACUACGAAGCCAAGAAGGCAUCCUACUUUGCUACACCAUCGCCGCAACUUGUCCACGCCCUGGAUACUUCUCUCAAGCAGAUCUUGUCACGCCCUCUGGAGCAGCGUUUCGCCGACCACAAGGCUGCAUCGCAGAAGAUCAAGAAGGCCGUUGCCGACUUUGGUCUAAAGCAGCUUGCCUCCAAGCCUGAGAACCAGGCCAAUGGCAUGACCGCCAUCUACCUGCCCGAGGGCAUCACACCCCCUGAUGUCCUUCCUUCUCUUCUGAAGAAGGGUGUCAUCUUCGCUGGUGGUCUGCACAAGGAGAUCGCUACCAAGUACAUCCGAUGCGGACAUAUGGGUGUCAGUGUCACAGACCCAAAUCGCAAGGAUCUCACCAAGGCAAUUGAGAGCUUGAAGGAGGCAUUGACUGAGGUUGGGCACAAGGCAUAA